AUGUUUUGUUUUUUUUGUCUCCUUGUGAAGGUACCUGUCUGACCUGCAUGCACCAGGUGACCCGGCAUGGCAGUGUAUCUACGCUCAGCACAAAUGGAUCCUGCAGCUGAUGCAAGACUGCAGGGACGAGUUUAUCGGUGGUCAGAGAGUGCGCGUCGGAGCUCUGGAUCUCGAGGGGGAUACCCGUCCGUCGGCUCUCAGCAGGCUGGGCCACACGUCGUCAUUGAAGAGGGGGGGUAGCUUGCAGAUGACGCGACCUAGCAAUUGGCGCUUUGAAACCCCUCAGCAGGUGCAGUUUGUGGAAAAGCUUUCGGAUGUGGUGAUUGGCCAGCUGCCCAACUUCUGGAAGCUUUGGAUCUCUUAUGUGAACGGCAGUCUUUUCAGUGAGACUGGAGAGAAAUCUGGCCAGGUGGAAAAAUCGAAGAAGAAUGCGCGACAAAGGCAGAGCGACUUUAAAAAAAUGAUUGAGGAAGUGACCCACCGGCUGGUGAAGCUCGUCCGCGGGGCCCUGCUUGCUACCACGCUGCCGCAAGGCGAGCAAAGUCUUUAUGGAGGUUGGCAGAACAAGACGGAACUUCCCGGCGCCUGGAUCACGCAAAUCAUUCACAUUGUCAGGGCUUGCUAUGAAGCUUUGUCUGCCUUGGAGAUCCCCAACGAUCUGUUGCAGGUGAUCCAGGAUCUGCUACUGGACUUGAGAGUUCACUGCCUCAUGGUGACACUGCUGCACACCACAGAUGAUGUCAGGUGCCUGGCCGAGAAGGAAGACUGGGUGGUCGAUAACGAAGGCCUGACCAGACUGCCGUCUCAGUUUGAGCAGUGUGUGGUCCAGAUGCUGCAGUCACUCAAAGAGCCUCUGGAGAUCAAAUCAGGCGAGAUCAACAUACUACAGCUGGACCAAGUUCAAGACCAAGCCACCGACCUUUGCGUGAGCAUCAUGAAGGUUUUCAUCAGCUGCCUGGAACAGCUCAGCACAAACCGAGAUGGAGAUGCGACUCUGUCUCACAUUUCCAUGGAUCUGUCCUCUCCCGAUCGCUUUAAAAACAUGCAGGAAUGCUCCAGUCCAACAUCCGAACAACGCUUGCUCAUCGUCCUCAGCAACUGCCACUACCUGGAGAGGCACACGUUCCUCAACCUGGCUCAUCACUUUGAGAAACAUGGAUUGACGGGCACUGAGAAGAUCACACGGAUGAGCAUCGUGGCCGUUCGGGAACUGGAUGAAAAACUAUUUGACGCUUACAUUGAACGCAGAGCUGACCCGAUCGCGGGCUCACUGGAGCCGGGCAUCUACGCCGGCUACUUUGACUGGAGAGACUGUCCACCCCCGACAGGGGUGAGGAGCUACUUAAAGGAAGCCUUGGUCAACAUCAUCACCGUUCACGCUGAGGUGUUUACCAUCUCCAAGGACUUGGUCCCUUGCGUCUUGUCCAAAAUCCUCGCAACGGUUGCGGACGAGAUGUGCCGCCUUAUGCAGUGCGUGUCAUCCUUCAGCAAAAACGGCGCCCUGCAGGCUCGACUUGAACUUUGCGCCCUGAGAGAUGCCAUCGCGGCCUACCUGAAUGCCGAAAGCAACGCCAGCUUCAAAAUGGCUUUGGACGCCCUUCCUCAAUUAUACGGCGCGUCUGAGAAAAAGUUACUGGAAGAACUGCUGAAUAAGUUUAAGAGCAGCAUGCGCCUGCAGCUCACCUGCUUCCAGCCCACCUGCAUCCAGCCUGUCAAGAGAUAAACUCCACCCACUCUUUGUUUCUUGCCUUUGUGCGUUUUCAUUGACGCACGACAACAACAUUGCCUUUGCUUUCAUUUUGUACGUCACGAGCCGUAGCUUGAAAUCUUCCACUAAUUUGGGGUCGGGGGCGGGCGGCCCUGCCAGAAAACGUUCUGAGCUCGUGUCUCGUGUUUAUGAUUGGUCCUCUUGCCAUUGAAUUACCCGCAGGCUUUGUUUGCUGACAACAAAAUAUCAUCUCGAAAUGUUCGAAUGAAAAUGUGAUUAAAAAGCAAAGUGUCCGC